UGACAUCACCACUAAGUGCCUGGACAAUGGAAGGGGGGACGACAAACCUGCUGGAGCAGGUGAGACCGAGCACGCUUGCACGCAUAAUGGGCAUUCGACGCCUGCCGGAUCGCGGUUGCUAGGACGGGCACGCGCCGCAUGCGUCACAGGCAGAAGGCGCCGUCGUCUUAAAACGACGGCAGAGCCCAGCAGAAGAAGAACCAGGGUGCCGUGCUUCUUCCAUUCUGCCCUGUCCACUGCCAUUCCAUACUCGAGACACCGACGCAGAAGUUAUCGCAACGCCUGUAUUCAUUCGCCCGUGAGCCGCAAAAAAGAACGCGAAUCGAACAAGCUCAAUCAAUACCAACUGGAUUGUCUGCCAAGCUCUCCAUAUCUCAUUCCCAAGAUCAAACCAAGCAACACCUGCAACCAUGUCGCACUUCUUCGCCGCCAUCGAGGACCUCCUCAAGAGCUUCGGAAACCUGUUCGCCAGCGUCUUCAGCACUAUCUCCAACGUCGUCACGGGCUUCUUCACCAUGGUCGCCCACCUGCUCACGUCUUUUGUCGACCUCGUCACCGGCACCUUCAAGGGCCUCGUCGAGAUGAUUGGCGGGCUGGGCAGGUUCGUCGCAGGAAAUCUUGUUCUUUUCGGUGUUCUCGCCGUCGGCCUCGUCGCGUACCAGCGCUUUGUCGUGCAGGGAGGACAGCCCAAGCCCAUCACGCAGGCCAAGAAGACAACCUGAGAGAUAGAACUAGAAGAGAGGCUGGAGGGUUAGUUUUAUUUGCAGACCAUGCUUUCUAGCUGAGCUCAGGCUGUUUAAGCACCAUACUUUUGGCCCUUGUCUUUGCUCCGCUGUCUGCUGUCCACGCUAGAGAUGAUCCCAAAGUGAAAUUCCACUCUUCCACCUUUGUUGCUCUCUUUAAAUUCGCGUCGUUGACUUUUUUAUGGAAACGGUUAUACCCGCCUUUGGCACACAUGGAGGCUAGUUUAGCACACCCUAAUACGCACAGAACCCACGCUUUGCGAGCCC